AUGGCUGCGUCAAGUCUAUUCCCGUAUUCCAUUUCAGGAUAUGCGGACCUUAAAGGUAUCUGUGUUAUAAAGACUACGUACUCCAAUUUAAAUUCAUCAUUCUUCAACGAGAGACUCGUCGUUCCUAAGAUCCUUCUGGGUUCAUUAUGCCUCCCGGUACUUUUAAAACACUAUAGAUCACGUUGUCUUGCUUACUGUCGCGCAACAGAUCCUGAGCUUACCUUGGACUCGAAGCGCAAAGAAACGUUACAUGAGUUUCUCGAAGUGCUAAAAGAGAUUGUCGCUCGCGACUCUGCGACAGUCGAGGGAAAACCGCAAGAGAGUACAGACAAGGAGAAACAAUAUCCGAUCAGCUCGGAAGAAAAGCGCAUUUUAGAAGGUAUAGAGACCUUCAAUAAUUUUGAGAAGCGCGUUGAACGAUUGGACAAAGAGCUCCGUAAUUUUGAUAACGGCGCCCGUCAAUUGGGCAGCUCGGCUGCAUUGCUACUGGCUGCAUCCAGACUUCGUGAACGGCUCGUUCGACUAUUGUUCAUCUUCCGCGACAAUACAGCCAAUCUAUUUCCUCGGAGGAUCGCACGCCAGUCCAGAGAAAUGCUCGUGAACCCAAAUAUCAUGGAUCGACGUGGCAAGGCUAACCACGAAGCUCUCGAAUUUCAAGCGUUCAUUGCAGAGGAUGGACUCGCGACUGAAGCCAUCCCUAAGGAAUUUGAAGGGUUUGCGCGAGAUCUCCGCAUGCUAUUGCAUAGUUUGAACGAUUUCCCUGAGUUCAGGGAUGAUGCGGUGAAUAGUUCGGUCCACGCCUUCAUAGCAGAACUCGAAUAUCGGGCUUCCUGUCUGACAGAGUAUAAAGGCCAUUUUCGGCUUGCUUCUGUGCAACAAUAUGUCCACGGACUUACAGCGGAAAUCGGAAGUCAUAUAGACGUUGUAGCAUCAAACUUGUCGAUGUUCAUAGAUAUCGGCGUCCCAACCAUUCAGCUUUCACAACAGUAUGCGGCCUCUAAUCUUUCCAAUCUGGCAACGUUUGGUACUAUAUUUUCGGUUGUCACCGCAACACUUUUACAACUAUCAUAUCAUAACGCCAGCUCUGGGCUGGCAAUAUCUGUAAAUGCAUUUUGGUUUUCGUCGCUAGUUUUCAGCGUUACGGCCAUAGCGACCAGUCUACUUGGUUUGGCGUGGACGCAGGCCAUACACCGCUCGCCAAAUCACAGAGUACCCUGGUGGCUAUUAACAUGGAUCAGGCGAUCCCCUCUCGUGUUACUCGUCAAUGCAGUCAUGUGCUUUUUUGUGGGACUCAUCUUGGUCACAUACGCGAUAAGUGAUAAUAUGGUCACGCCCAUCCUGAUCACUAUAUUCGCAACCAUUACAUCUAUCGGACUGGCUUCCUCCUUGUGCUGGAUUGUGUCAGAACGAUUUGUAUUCAUAUACCACCAAGGACACAUAUGGCUAGAGGACCUCAUGUUGGAAACAAUCAAUCAUAUCACUGCGCCCAUACGGACGAUCACCCACCGUCUUUACUCAAGUUUCCGUGGACUUCCUUUGUACGUUCGACGACCCCCUCCUGCCAAAUCAUUUGAGAGAACGACAGAUGAUGAAAAUGUCCAGAGCGCAGCUCCGACCUCAUGCGGCGUCUCCUUAGUAUCUCCCUCGUCUCUGGAGGAUGUGGUAUCAAUUGUCUCGGAGGGAACGCCAGAGGAGCAAGAUGAGGCUAGAAGAUGUCGUGCUCGAGAACGCUUUAAGAGGGCUGUUCGGACCGUUAUAUCGAUGCAGUCAUACCCGAGAACUUAUGGCUCGCAAUCUCUUGAUUGGAUGCUGCAUCCGAGCCCUGCUUCCAACACCCCUUCGAUAGGAGGAAAAGUAAUUCGACGUUACGGUCUUUCUACUCUCUCCCAGAAGUUGCGGAAUUUGGAAUGCACAGAAGACAUCUCGCCUCAUCAAGCACUCGUGAGAGACUUGCAAUUCUCUCCGGAUGGGAAGUACCUCGCGACGGCAAGCUGGGAUAAAACAGCAUGCAUCUUCAAGGUCGCCGAACCGUCCGCCGAUCACCAUGUUCUUCACCAUGAGAGAGGCUUCACGGAGCAAAUACUCUGGUCCUCGAGUGGUAGCCACUUGUUAACCAGGUCUCCCCGCGGCAUCAAAAUCUGGACAAAAGAUGGCAUUUGCUUGAAAACAAUUCGUCGACCACAUAUAGUCAAGUUCUUGCAUUGGGUGCCUCUUGGAGAUAUGUCUAUCCUGUCUGUCGAGGGGAGUGAAAUUGUGAAACUAGUACCAUUCGAAAAGGUCCUUGAAACCUACAGCUUCGGGCGUGUCCAACUUCGACAGAUCGUUGUCACUUCGGACGGCCAUCGUAUAAUAGGCAUUGGUCCCAUAGGGGAAGCGCCUAACGGUCUCCAUCCAAGUCGUCCUGCGAGAGUAGAAAAGCGCCCGCUGGUUGCUUACAUCUCAAUAACAACGCGCCUGACGUGCAACCUGCGAAGUCAAAUACCACUCUUUCAGGAUGUAAACGACGUUAAAUUGACAAGAAACAACACUCACCUCCUCUUUUCAUUCGGGGAUCAGUCCCCUCCUCAGCUUUGGAAGAUGGAUUUGGUCGGGGGCCGGGGUCGGGCUACCCGUAAUUGUGCGAGACUCACAUUUCGCCACGCAUUUUCGUCUCCAGUCUCCAUUGAAUAUGUUGGAUCAACGUUUGGCGGCAAGAACGAUCAGUUCAUACUCUGCGCCGGAAAAGCUGGAGAUAUCCUCAUUUGGGAUCGAGAAUCUGCUAAUCUUCUUCAUCACAUCUACCCUAAGACCCCUGAUCAGGACUUGACUUGUAUAUCAUGCAAUUGCUUCGCAGGCGACCCUUUCGCGUUUGCCGUAGGCGGGCACGACGGCAGUAUUCGUAUAUGGUCAACAUUCUUAUGCCUCACUCCUAUGACUCCAUCCCAUGAUCCACAAGAUAUGACACCCCCCGAAUCGCUAUCCAGUUACUCUCCUAGAGGAUGGCAUACAGAUAAGAUCCCCGCGGAUAAUUUCCUGAAGGUCGUUACGCCAACUCGGCGGUUACGAUCUCCGAGUAUGACGUCAACGGCUUUCCUGUCAAGGUCGAGUUCGGGAUCUGCUUAUGGGACACAAAGAAGUAUGAGUCAGAAAUCGGAUACUUAG